AUUGAGUGCCAUUGAACCGCCCACCCGCGAGGCCCUACCGACACACCAUGAUUGCUCGCUCUGCUGUUGCUCGGCAGGCUCAGCGGGCCGUCCGCCAGGCUUCACAACAAUCCAGAGGCUACGCUGCUGCGUCAGGAACUUUUCAAUACCAGCAAGCGGACUCCAAUGGCAUCAAGAUUGCGAGCAGAGAUCAAGCCGGCCCUGUCUCGACCGUAGCUAUCGUCGCGAAAGCCGGUACCAGAUACGAGACGUGGCCCGGUCUAUCAGAAGCAUUGGACCGCUACGCGUUUAAGAGCACCGCACGCAGAUCGACACUACGGAUACAACGCGAAUCUGAACUGCUCGGCGCUGAGCUGCAAAGCUACCACACUCGCGAAAACCUCGUUGUUGGAGCCAAGUUCCUCCGCGAUGACCUUCCUUAUUUUCUCGAACUCCUCGCAGAAGUCGCAAGCAUGUCAAAGAUUGAGCCACAUGUGAUUCACGAGGAGAUCCAGCCGCUCAUGGAACUGGGCAUGAAGAAGCACCUCGGAAACACACUCUCGCUUGCCCAGGACAGCGUCCACGGCCUUGCCUUCCACCGUGGUCUUGGUGCACCUCUCCACCCAGCUUCCACUAUUCCAUUCAAGAAGUACGUCGACGAGCAGACUCUUGCCGAAUUCGCUGCUUCAGCCUACGCAAAGCCAAACUUCGCUAUCGUCGGAAACGGUGUUGAACACAGCGACUUCACCAAGUGGGUCGGCCAAUUCUUCAGCGAAGGCAUCCCAGCAUCGCCUGCUGUCGAGCUCAAGUCCGAGCAAGCCAAGUACUACGGCGGUGAGGAGCGCAUUGCACACGCUUCUGGCAACUCCCUCAUUCUUGCUUUCCCUGGCUCAAGCUCUGCCACCGGUUCUUUCUACAAGCCAGAAGUUGCGGUCCUCGCUGCUCUGCUUGGUGGUGAGACUAGCAUCAAGUGGAGCCCUGGCUUCUCUCUGCUUGCCAGGGCCAAGGCCGGCACUCCUCAGCUCUCCGUUUCUACCAAGUCGCACACCUACACCGACGCCGGCCUCCUCGCUAUCAGCUUCAACGGAUCUGCCAAGGACAUCAACGCAGUCGCACCAAAGGCUGUUGAGGCUUUGAAGGGCAUUGCUUCUGGUGUCAACGCAGAAGACUUCCGGAAAGCUAAGGCUCUCGCCAAAUUCAAGGAGCUUGAAUUCGGUCAAACCACACACGCCGGCAUUGAAUACACUGGUGCUGGCCUCAUCCGUAAUGGCAAGCCGUACCAGAUUGAUAGCGUUGCAUCUGCCGUGGAUGGCGUAACAGCAGAGAAGGUGCAGCAGGUCGCAAAGGAGGCGCUCGAGAACAAGGCUUCCGUCAGCGCAGUUGGUGACCUUUACGAGCUGCCUUAUGCGGAGGAGAUCGGUCUGCGUGUGUAAAUAUACAAUAUUAUAGAGGUCACUUUGUGAGAUCAGACGCAAUAGUGAGCUGUACCAAUACAAAGCGCUCAAUGAUAUGUGUUGCC